AUGUCUCUGAUGAAUCACAGCAAUGAUCAGCUAGCGGUGGCAAAUCAGUCAACCAGCCUCUGGACUCAGUUGCGUCGUGCCUGCUUCGCUACUGCUGGCCCAGAAAACCUUUCCAUUCUGGACUUGGGUAAGGAUUCAGUGCGCCACACAGUACUUCAUGAGGAACAAGUUUCUGAAGAUGGCCAACAUUGCAUAUGGACCGAAUGCGACAGCCCGCAGAUGCUUCACAAAUAUCUGGUCCAGACUGCGUGGAACUCAUCACGUAUUGUUUCUUCUUACUCCAAGAGCUCUAUGCUGCCUGUGCGAUUGAGUGCAGAAUCCUUUGAGCUUAUACUAUCCUAUCAUAGCGUUGGUGGUAGCGUAGUAGAGUCUAUGUUGGGCUUUUGUCGACGACCAAAGCCACAUUCUGCAGGUAGAGGAGCAUUGAAGUUCAUGGUUCAUCCAGAUGAGUCUAUCGAUCUGAACUACUGCCUUGUUCACACCGAACGCGUAGGCGGAAAAGGCGAAAGUCAAGAAUCGUGGCCAAUGCGACACACCAUCGUAAUACAGAAGAUACGACAAAGACCACAAUCCAAUCUCUUUUUGGUCAUACACCCAAACCAAGAGUCGGCAGAUCGAGUGAAGGCCGACUAUACAUCAUGCAGCUCAAGGACAAAGAAAGAGCUAUGGAGUUAUGGACACAUUUCACUCCUUAUGUUCUACACAAAGAAUUGGUGUUCAUACCUUGAAACUGUUGGAAACCGGAUUGAGAGAAUCAACGACUUUGCGUUGACCUACGAUACUACAGACUUCUCUAUCACUAGGGAAAGUUCGAAACAACUUGCAGAGCUCAGAUUUUUGUUGGACGAGGUAUACAACGCUAUUUCCCACAUUACAGCGUCACUAAAGACUCUGCAUAGACUCGAAGAAGUAAACAAUAUGCUGCAUGCGAAGAUUCAAAUCAAUACCGAGGAGUGGGAGUAUACAAAGCAUGCGCUCCUAACACCAACCUUCCAGCUGGAAGGGUGUGAGGAGAGUGCUUCACUCUCUGAGAAAAAGAUCAAAGCCCUCAUAAACCUUCAAGAAGUUCGACUGCAGGUUGAUAAUAACAACCUAGCGUCUGGCCUCAACGCACAUACAUUAAAGCUAGCAGAAAGCUCAGCAAGCGACAGUGCUGCUAUACGAACGAUUACUUUCAUCACUCUGAUAUUUCUGCCUCUGAACCUUCUCGUGGCUUUUGCAGGAACGAAUUUCCUCAACUACGAUGUGCAAGAUGAUAAGCUCGGGUUAUCACCAAAGAUGUGGAUACUUUUCGCUAUCGCUGCCCUAACUCUUGCAGCUACCAUCGGAGGUUGGCAGAUCUACAUGCGCCGAGUCAAUCGUUUGCGAAGAGCGACAUCAAGCAGUGUUUGA